CAAGGAACGCUCGACCAUUGCCUAUAUAAAGAAAAAGCAAAGCAACAAAUCCUCAAUUCGAUUCCUCACCCUCAAUAUCCGAAUCCUGAUCAUAAACCUUGCGUUUUAAUUAAUCUGAUCAAUCGAAAGCUUUCACAAAUUGACUCAGCAAUUUCGGGACACGAUCAAUCAACAGGUUUGAUAGUUUAUUGUGACUACGAUCGAUAUUCUUCUAGAUCUUUGUUACCGUAGGAGUUUAUGCCGUUGUAGUAUAUAUGUAUCUCGAUCAAAUCAUCGGUGAAAGUUUGUUAACGGGAUUGCAACAGAUGAUUGGAUCUGAUUUUUACGAUUCUAGCCGGUGGUUGGAUAGAUAUAGGAUUAGGGUUUUUAUGCUUUUUUAGGGAAUUUGUUUAUUUGCGUGUUAUUUGUUGUUUCUUGGUUAUGGAUUGGGUUGGUAGGCGUUAGGAUCGUCAUUAGAUGAUAUAACUAGUUCUACAAGUAGAACACAUUCAUGGAAGUUUUUGAUCACCGAUGGGCCUGAACGGUUUUCUGGAACGUAUAUGGAUUCUGCCAUUGUUGUCCGAGGACCUGAAGGAUGCACUGAUCAACAGUUUUCCUACUCGUUCUGCAUGACUUUUGGGGUUUAUGAUCGUGGAAAGGAAUCAGGGAUCUUUCGUUAUGGUUUUCUUUGAGAAGGAAUCUGUUGGAAAGCAACUAAUCAUGGAUGUGUAUGUAUUUUAUUUAGUAUGGCAACGGAAGCAGCUAAAAGAUUUUCAGUGAAGACGGACACAUCGGUUUUCAAGAGGCUUGGAAGAGGAAAUCAAGAAAAUAUCACUAGAAGUCAUCAAGUGAAAAAUCUGGUCUGCAAGUAUUGGUUGGAAGGAAGAUGCACAAGAAAUCCUUGCAAAUUUAAGCAUCCGGAUCAAGCAAUCAGUAUAUCAAAAUAUGCUUGGAAGAAUCCAAAUACAUUGAAGUCAGAGAAUUCACCUCCCAUUGAGAAGCCCCGAACAAAAUUUUCGAAGAACAAAGAGAACUCCAACCUAAAUCAGAAUGUUCACAAGUCCCAACAGAAAUUGUUGACAAAUGAAGUAAACCCUGGUCAAACUAAAAGCAUCCCCAAGAAAAACAGCGAGAACUUGCAUCCGGGGUUCUAUGGUAAGGGACUCUCAAUGGUGACCCGUUUAGAAGGGCAUACAAAGGCUAUAACCGGGAUUGCUUUGCCAUCUGGAUCCAACAAGCUCUUUUGUAGUAGCAAGGACAAAUCUUUACGAGUUUGGGAUUGUAAUAGUGGACAGUGUGGAGCAGUUUUUGCCUUUGAUGACGAAUGUGGGACUUUAGUCAACGAAGGUCAAUGGAUUUUUGUUGGUCUACGAGAUAUGAUUAAAGCUUGGAACCUCAACACACAACAUGAAGUAAUUAUUCGAGGAAGCGGUGGACAAGUUAAUGCAAUUACGAUGUUUGAAGACGUUCUUUUCGCUGGAAUGGAGGAUGGUACCAUUUUGUCAUGGAAAUCAACUUCAGAAACGAGUUUCUCUGCAGUGGCAACAUCUUUGAAAGGCCACACAGGACCUGUACUUUCCCUUGUUGUUGGAGCUAAAAGGCUCUAUUCUGGUUCUGCUGACAAUACCAUACGAGUAUGGGAUGCUGAAACCCUAGAGUGUAUUCAGGUUUUAAGUGGACAUUCGGGUGAUGUGACAACAGUUCUUUGUUGGGAUCAGUAUUUAUUGUCGGGUUCCUUGGACAAAAAGAUCAAGGUUUGGGGUGAAACCGAAAAUGGAAAAAUUGAGGAGGUUUAUCAACACAAUGUAGAUGAUGAUGUUGUUGCUUUUUGUGGGAUGCAUGAUGCAGAAGGAAAGCCAAUCUUGCUAUGUUCGUGCAGAGACAAUGGUGUUUGUUUAUAUGAUCUGCCAUCGUUUGUGGAAAGAGGCAGAGUUGUUUCAGGAAGAGACAUUCAAGCAAUCCACGUGGGUCCCGAUGGUUUGUUUUUUACUGGUGAUGAAGCAGGGUUGAUCUCAGUUUGGAAGCUAACUCUAACUGGAGGAGGAGAAUCAUAUUAUCCAAAUCUUGUUAAUGACAAACGUCAAUAAGUUGGUUUUUGUAUUGUUUGGAUGACCAUGGUGACCCUCCCCUUGAAGGAGUAAAUUGUAAAUUAACAUUUAACAUUUAUUUGAAUGAAUACAAGUUUAUUUUAUUUUA